AUGGCUGGCUGGAUAAAUAUUCCAUUGAAACGGUCCGAUGGUGUGGACUUUAAAAAGCCUUUGGAGAAGUUUAUCAAGAACACAUUUUCCGCUGAGGUAGCUACGGAAAACGAGGACGCCAUUGCUGAACUCACGAAGUUGAGAAAUACUUGUGUCAUGCAAACAUUAGAUAAACACGAAUCUGCUUUGGAACCUUUGUUGAGGUGAGGUGAAACAGUAUUACAUAAACAGCAUUUCUGUUGGUUGUGCGGGGAAUAUCGCUCGGUGAUUUGAUGUGACAGUGACACAUACAAGCAAUUAAAAAUUGAUUGGUAUGAUUGCAGUUUACUCCGCUUUAGCCUGCUUUAGCUUACAUUUUGGUAUGGAAUUAUCACCCAGCUUUUAUCAUGACUUUUUUUGACGUCGUAUGUUGUGUUGAAGCUCCAGUAAACGGUACUUUUUGAUUCUGCAGCAUGGAAGCUGAAUUUAAUUUCUGUUAUUUGUAAACGAUUUUUAGAUCCCAAGUUACAGCUACCCAUCUGUGUAGUUCGGGAUAAAAUGAAAUAAAUAUUAGUGCUUGCUGUAAAUAAUGCGCAGGAGCAUCAACGCACAAAUUCAUUAUAAUGUACAGUUAAUCAGAUUUUGCGUUUUUCAGUCAAGUCAGAGGUUAUAUUGUUGCAUGUCACUGGUGUCAUGUCUAUAUUUACCAGUCAUGAUGAUGAGAUGUUACCCUCAUGAAAGGCAUACCAUGUCAUUGCAAAGGAAUCUCCAGAGUGAAUUUUUUAAUGAAGGGUGCGAAGUUAGAAUCAGUCAGCUUUUGAUUCAGAGGAUUAGUCCCUGGGAAGGGGAGGGGGUGGAGAGGGGCCACUACCAAAGUACCGAUGUAUUAAUGUAGGUAUACCACAGGCACCCUAAGUUCUUGUGGUUGUUAUUGUUAUUGAAAUCUGAGCAUCGAAUUUUUGUACAAAAUAGAACAAAUACACAAACACCAUGCUAAAUCAAACACCUAGAGUUGGUCCCUGCCUUUCUUUACUCUACCUAUUUUGAUCUUUACAAGAUGGAAAACACUCUUAGAUGGACACUUAAUGCUGGUUAUCCUGAAGCAGUUGUCUUAGAGAGAAGUGAAUGUACUCCAAAACACAGAUUUGAACCUAAAUGUUCAAGCGAAGUUCAAGCAAAAUGUUAACUUAGUCAUUUGUCAUGUUUUUAAUGCUGCACUGGCAAUUUUAAAGCAUCAUUUUGCAAGAUGAUUGUUUGACCAGCAGUUUAGAACUACAUUGUAAAGUAAUAUUCAUGUAUCUUGCUGUGAAGGUUAGCCUAUGAAAACAGCCAACAUUCUGUGAUCGGACCACUAGCAGGGCUGUGCUCCAGUAGAGCCCGAUGGCUCUGGUGCCUUACUUUUGCCCUGGGGCGACUAGAAAAUCUCAAAUUUUUCAUACAAAUCAUAUGCUGGGCCCCCUAGAUUUUACAGUUUCAGAGCACUGGGCUCCCUUCAUUGAAUUUUCCUUAGAGCACAGCCUUGACUAGUUUCCCCGUGAAAUGAGGCCUGAAGAACAACUGCAAUAAAUCCAACCUGAUGACAUGUCACUAACCAGAUCAGUGCUUCUGAUUCAUUUUACCAUUUGAUUCAACCAGUUAUUAACAGUAUGGAGUAUGGAAUUUCUGUAGUGAUUCCUCAAACAUUCAUUUAUAUGACAAACAGUAAGGUGCAUUAAUCUUAACUGCAUGAUGUCCCAGUACUUCUCAGGAAUUUAAGUUUUCCUCAUCGUGGCGGUAACUCCUAACAUUUCUUUUGUUCAGUGACUGCUGAAGUGUGGCACAACAAUGUUGGUCACCAAAGUCUUAUAUGUUGUAUCCUGCCCAAGAUGCACUGCAGGUCCCAACAUUGUUGGGAGUUGAUACAUUAGUUUGCAUACCACUGCCAACACGGAUACAACAACUCCCAACAUUGUUGACCCAGCAAUGUUGGGAGUUAUUGCGCCCACUUCCGUGCAGCUUAACGAAUGUAACUUUUUGUUUUUGUGGCAUUGUAGGUACUAUGAUCAACUGGAAGCAAUGGAGGGAAAAUUUCCAGUUUCAGAAUCACAGGUGAGCUUUUAGUACCCUACGCUUUAACCCUUUUAGCCCUAACAAGCGCUCAUUUUCUUAUCGCGGUGCAAUGGCUUGGAACCAACUGCCAAAUGAAACACGUGAGAUGGGGGAUCCUACUAGCUUUAAACUCGCCAUAUCUUAGGAUAUAACUUUUAUCAUGUUUUUAUCUUAUUUCUAAUACUCAUUUCUUGCUGUUAUAUUGUAUUGUUAGUUAAUCACUAGUCUUAAUUUUUAUAAAUUGUAAUUAUCACACAGCAUGUCUGAAAACCAGCUUGCUGAGCCAUUUACCGUGUUUAAAUAAGGUUGAUUGAUUGAUUGAUUGAUUGAUUGAUCAGUGACCGACAUCAAGUUUCUCUUAACAAUGUCAAUUCAUAUUCAAGAGAAGAGUUUUAGAGAAUUAAUGAAAAUUGCCAAAACGCUUUGAUCUUUUGACAAAUUCUCUUGACUAUUUUUUAAGGAAAUGUGCGGAGAUCAGUAUGGAGAAUUUUUAUGCGGAUAAUUGAAAUUUCAGCAAGUAGAAUAAAGGCAGCAUGAUAGAAAGAUUACAGUGCGAAUAUUAAAGUAGAUGGAGGAAAAGAAAUUCAUCAUAACUUCAGGGCUAUCACUAAGGGUAGAGGUCUAGGGAUUUCUCCUGAGCAUGAAACCCAGCAAUUUUAACAACAAAAAAACAAACAAACAAACAAACAAAAUCAAAGGAGAAUAGAACCAGAAGAAUCUCAGGUGCAAAAUUACCAGGUCAAUUUAGGUUUCAGGGAAACUGCCCACCUACCCCUCCCCUAAGUCAACAUUAUCACUUACUUCUCACAUAGGGCAAAAUGUUGGAUUAGAGGAGGGGUAGGUGGGCAGUUUCUCAGUUUACCAAGGUAACUUUAAAUGUUACUGACAUUCCUAAACUUUCAAAAAAGAUAAAGUCUCAUAAGUUAACAUAUGUACAUGUAUAUUUAUUUUGUUAUAAUUAUAUUACAUUAUUUUAAAUUGCAGGUCAGGAUCUCUUUUACAUGGUAUGAUGCCUUUGACAAGGGAUCUUUGUGGGGUUAUCGGAAAAGCUGUAAGUAUAAUAACAUUAUAAUGUAUAGUGGAAGCUCUCCUGACACUAUCGUUUAGUGGACUGUUCUACUUAUGGCUACCCUCGCAAAACCCCAUUUUUCUCAACUCUCAUACAUUGUGCAAACUCUUUAUUAUUAUUUACUGACUGGUAAUUGGCUAACUCCAGUUAUUGGACAUCUUUUUUGCAUCCUGAGGGCGUCCACUUAUAAGAGCUUCCACUGUUUGUAUUAUAAUAAUAGACAGAACAUGUACAGAAAAAUAAUGUGAAUGUCAAUCCCAUAGUGUGUUAGAUAAUAGCAAACUUUUGCAUGGAUUUACUAUUGCAUUAAUUAAUACAUGUACAUACUCAUUAUUAAUAGCUAUUAAUAGUGCAUUUUGAGUCCAAGUUGCCUGAUGGAAAAGAAAUUAGUUUGUUACCUUUCUAAAAAAGGCCAAAAACAAGUCAUAAUAUGUCAUCCAUAUUUUUGUGCUAACAUGUACAUGUAACUCAAACCUCACCGCCAAAGUAAACUGAGGCAAUUUUCAUAAUUUUACGUUUUUGUCUCACCCUGCCAAUGUUUUAGUAUACAAUGGAGUAAUUUUUGCUGCUCGCCUUUAUAUUUUUAUUAUACGUAUAUUAUUUUUGUGUUCUUUUUUCUUUAGCAAUGCCUAGUCUCAAUUAUGAGAGACUAUGUCUGCUGUUUAACAUUGGAGUUUUGCAAGGACAAAUUGCAGCAGCGCAGAAUUUUCAGUCUGAUGAGGGAUUGAAAACAGCAGCAAAAAUGUUUCAGGUUAGAUUGUCUUUCAGCAAGGCUGUGCAAAAAGGAAAAUUGAAGGGAGUCCAGUGCUCUGAAACUGUAAAAUCUGGGGUGUCCAACAUAUGAUUUGUAUAAAAAAUCUGAGAUUUUCUAGUCGCCAGAGGGCAAAAGUUAGGUGCUAGGGGCCACCAGGCUCUGCUAGAGUGCAACCCUGAGGUGGCUAUACAGUGGGAGUAAAAAGUUUUAAGUUAUCUCCUUUGUUGUCUUGCCUAUAAUGUAGAGCAUCUGUCAAAUGUUUGGGCAGAAAAAAUAAAGAGAGAGAGAGAGAGAGAGCUGUUAUUAGUAGUGUCCCAGUCAUAGAUUAUAAUUAUUGGUUAUUGAGUGAAUUCUCUUUAACCGAUGCAAUACGUGUAAUCAAUUCUGGGAAAUGUUCAAUCAAUUGUAGCAGGGAAAAUUAAUUGUCAUUUAAAUGGUCUGAUAAUUAUACAUGUAUAAGAAAGAGAAAUUGUUUAUUUAGCACAUAAAAAAAUUCUGAGCUCAUUUGUCCGCAGUCAAUAAACCCAUUUUAACAUUGUAUUUCACAUAACUGGACCUGCCAAAAGUUAAAGAAAUUUUUUGAUUAUAAUCGAUCAAAUGAUUGGUAAUUCUGAUUGUUUCAUUUCAUUAAUUGCAUGUACAUGUAUAAAAGUUUCCAACACGGGCUGUUAUUGAGCACAUGCUGAACUUUUUUUGCUUGAUUGUAGUUGGCCAGUGGUUCUUUUCAUCUUCUGAAGGAAUCAGUGUUUGCACAGUUGCAUCAGGUACCUACGCCUGAUCUGUCUGUGGAGACGCUGAAUGCUCUUAGUGCCAUCAUGUUAGCUCAAGGACAGGAGAGCAUCUGGAACAAGACUGAACAAGGUCAGUUAGUUUGCGAGCAAGCUCUUUUUCAGCUGUUCUCUCUAUGCAUGGGGGUUGGGGGUUGGGUCUUCUGAGUUGAGUCAUCAGAUGAUAUCACCAGAAGAGCUUGCCUGCAGACUAUAAUAAUUAUGUAGGCUAGUCAGGUCAAUCUUGGCAAGCCCAUAUUAGUUUCUAGAUUACUGGUCUGCAAAGCAGGUACACCUGUACAUUGCAGGUUCGACCCCAGGGUAGACCAGACUAAUACUCAGGGUCUUUAAUCUGGGAAAGGAGGAACUGCACUACUGUCAAUUUGCUACAGCUUUGUAUAAGCACAAGGAAAUGAUGGUCCUGUCUUUAAGUGGAGACAAAAAAACAGAGUCUUGCUAGGAGAACAGUAAUAAUAUUUAGUAAGUGAUGGUACCCCCCCCCCCCCGCCUCCCCUUUCCCUUAAGGUUUUCAAUUAUUAGUCACUUAUACAUGUAAUCAAUGAUAGACGUGCGACAAUAAUUAUCAAAGAUAACAUGAAAGUAAAUCAGUGACAAUAAUUUGAAUAAGAGAAAAAGAAGAAGUUCUGCUAAAGUGUUAGUUGAAAAGCACGGUUCAUGUUAAGCCAUGUGGCUCUUCUUAUCUGUUUAUACUGAAACUGACAGUUUUUGGGAGUGAUCAGUAAUACCUUAGGUAGCAAGUGUUUCCGUAAGAGGUCCUUGAGAAAGUUGGGACAAGAGUAAAAAGAGAAAUAAAGGGGGUGGGGGAGGUAUGAAAUAGUUUCCUCUUUUCCUUUCAUCUUCCCUUUUUUGUGGGUGCUGUCAUUCCUAAAUUGUUGUACUCUCGUGCAGUAAUUUGAUUGGUAACGCUUGCUAUGCAGGCUACAGUAGAUCAACAAUUCAAUUGAAUUAUGAGACAUGCAUAACAAUUCCUUUUCACUUGCUUGUAGAUAAGAUGAAGGAUGCUAUUAUAGCAAAAGUGGCACUGCAGGCUGCAGAUUUGUACAAAGAAGCAAAUGCAGCAUGUCAAGUAACAUCAGUAAAACAACAACUAGAAAAGGUAAAGGGCAUUUUCAACACUUAUAGUGGAGCUCCACAGGCACGUACGAGCAGAGCCUCAUAGCUAAGAAAAAUUUGGUUAUCGAUCCAACUAAGAGAUUUUGGUAGGCAUGACUGUAUGUCAAUCUGGCCGACCGUCCAUCUGUCCACCCAUCUGUCUACACCACAUUGCAACCAUUAUGUAAAAUCUCAGACUUUCUAGUUUAUGUGGGAGCCUGCAACCUAUUAUUGCACAUCCAUGUUGUGGUUAAUUAUUGUUGAUGGCUGUCGGGUUAUGGGCUUAUCAGUAUUACAUAACAAUAUCCAGGCCCUGGUAUUGACCCAUCGAGGUUACAGUUUUUGAAGUAAUCUGCUGUCAAGUUUCUAGUUUUCAACUGAUUCCAGGCUAAACUUAAAUUGGAAUUCUUUGGGAUGGUUACUUUGUUGAAAGUAAAGUAUAAAUUUAUCAAAAGGAGCUUUUCUUUUAGCCUUGGAUAAGUCUACAUAACUAGUUAUAACCAGGGUUAUGGAGUGCGGGUGGCAACGAUCGAAGGUCAAAAUGCUUUUGCUCCAGCGCUGUGCUUUGGUCAAAACACGCGUGAUCAGAUUACGAGUGAUAGAAGGUCCAAACGCGUGUGAUCAAAGUGCGUUCUGUGUUUUCCAUACAUUCUUAUGGGAAGUCCAAAAGAAUGCUGGCUACAUACAUGCGACGCAUGCGUAAUACCAACCUGGAGAUUAGGGUUGCAAGCUCCUUUUGUCGCCCGCAAUAAUUAUUUUUCUUUAUAAUUUCUCUCUUGUCUGAGUUGUGUGGUAAGAUAAAGAUGAAUACCAAACCAUCUUACAUUCUUUUGUUUCAUUAGGAGUGGAGUACAAUCCUAUCGUCAAAGCAUGAUUUCUUCACUGCAAUAGCUCAGUAUCACCAGGCAAGACUAGCUAAGGACAAGGGCUCUUAUGGGGAGGGCGUGGCUAGGUUUCAACUGGCUGAAAAACUCAUGGCGACUGUUGCAAAGAAUAGCAUGGGACUUAUUGAAUUCAAGGUAUGUUGCGCUCUGAAGCCAAGCUAUUGUCAUGUAGUUUUAAACAUGAUUACCUUUCUAGCCUCUUGCCAUGCAUUGUGCGCUUUCACCUUUAAAUAGAUCGAAACGAGAAGAGGAAGAACACCGCGAUUGUUUCUACAUAGGAUCGUCACUAAGAACACGCCAGUCAGAUUUAAUGAAAAACUUUUCCCACAUCCUCAGAAGUCUUUCCGAGGGUUAACUUGUGCCUGAUAAGAUUAAAAUCAACCGAGCGUUAUUGUCUUGUUGUAAGUUGUUGUUAUAAAAUAAUUAUCAUUCUAGAAGUAAGGUUUCUUUCGGUAGAAUAGUAAUGUGAAAGGAAAGGACUUGAAGUUUGGCUUUAGUAAUGAGGAAAAGUCUUGAUUUAUUUUCCCCAGACUAGCACAUUAAGUGAACCUGCUUGCAGACUACGUUUGCUUGAUAUAAGAAGUCUUGUUUACAUGUACUUGAUUUAUAAGAAGUCCUGUUUGCUUGAUAUAAGUACUUUGAAGGAGGUACAGAAUCUCUCUUUUUGCUGUUUUUGUUUUUUAAUGAGUGAUUUUGUCUUUUGUCGAAUGAUAAUAAUUCAAAGUUUUGUUUUGAAUCUGCGGGAGCUAGUAAAAUUACAUGUUUUGAGUUAUAUGAUUCUAAUUCAAAAUCUAAGGGUUGUUAGUGCCAUCGAAAGAGUCCCUGAACCGACUUGAGCAAGAAAGGAAUCUUUUACAAACUAUGCCAAUUUUUAUUUUCCUUUCUUAUUUAGACCUGGCAGAGCCGGAUUAAUAGAGAAGCUGCCGAGCUUAAAAAAGACAACGAGUUCAUUUAUCACGAUAGAAUUCCACCAACCGACAACUUGGAGGCCAUUGGUCGAGCGGCGCUUGCUAAGUCUUUACCGCCGUCUAAACCGGCUUCGUCCAAUUCUGUAGACUUGUUUUCCAAGCUGGUGCCCAUGGCGGUCCACAAUGCACUGCAAGCGUACGAAUCUCGCAAAGGGGAGAUAAUCAACUUUGAGGUUGGCCGUCUGAGAGAAGGAACCCAGUUAAUGAACAGGUCGGUUAACUUGAAAGGCUAACAAAAUUCGCAUCUAGACUACUGUAGUAACCAGAAGGUCAUAGAUUCGACUCCUAUUUCAAAAACUCGGAUUUUUUUCUUCGAAGCCGUUUAUGUCACAGACUGGAUAAACACCUUUCUCAAAAAUAAAAUUUUGGAUUGGGUGGUUGGGGGCUUGUACUCUCAAAGCCUUAAGGUAUGUUACACGAGACGAUUCGCAACGAUGAGUUUAGCGCAACACAGCGUUGCAACAUUGUUGCGGCAUUGUUUGGAAUGGUUACGACAUUAUUCCAGCAUUGCAUCGCUAUGUUGUGUUAAAAAUCGUCGUUGCGAAUCGUCCUCGCCCGUGUAACAUCACCUUUAGAGUCACCGGCGCGAGCAAUUUUUCCUAAACUUUAGACUGCUAAGUUAAGUAUAAAUGUCAGUCAUAACCAUAAGCAGCAAUUAUUGGAUGAUGCUGGGUACAUUUGAAGAAUCUUGCAGAUCGAGGAGGGUUUACUGAAUCUGCACAAUCGUCUUCACUCCCAUAUCAUAAGAAAGCCGAACGCAAUAAUUGCUACUUAUUGUUGUCUUGGCUUUUUUCACAUUACAUUCUGAAUGUGACUGAUUAUAUUCUAAACAUUCCCGAGCGUUUAACAUGUAAAGUUCCCGUCUUAAAAAUGUGCCUGUUCCUAGGCAGUUUCAGAAUAUGACAGGUUGUGUGUGUAGCAAAUAUUUGUCAAAUAGCUUCUUGUCUAUUCUUGCUGUUGUGGGGGCAGAAGUUCGUCUUUUUCUUUUUAGCAUAACAUGUCAAAUCUUCCGCUAUUUUCUUCACCUCUAAACUGCCAGAGUAAAUGAGUAGUUGCACAGUUGAACCGUGCGUUGCACCGUGUGUAUCAAUACAGUUGACGUCAUAUAUUCUCUUUUGUUUGUUUGUUUGUUUCCUUUGGUCAUCAGUGUUCUUGCCUCACUAAACUUGCCGGCAGCCAUUGAAGACCUGUCUGGGCAGACGGUUCCCAAAUCCAUGUUAGAUAAAUCAGCAGCUGUUAUCGAAAAAGGAGGCUUACAGGCCCUUGACACCUUCAUGCAGAACUUACCGGAGCUGCUUCAGAGAAAUAGAGAAAUUCUAGAUGAGGUAGGAACUUGUUAGGAAGAAUUGAAAGUCAAGUUACGUGCAAACGGACGCUACAACUCCCAGCAUUGUUGGGCCAACAAUGUUGGGAGUUGUUGUUUCUGUGUUCGCAGAGGUGUGCAAACGGAUAGAGCAACUCCCAGUUUCCCCUCGACCGAAGGCCUGGUCACAGGCUAACAAUGUGGCGUCCGUUUGCACGGGUCUUUAAGCAAACAAACUUUCAACUCACCAUGUCUGUUAUUGGACGUAUUGAGUUCAUUUCACGUCCUAACCAUUCUAUUAAGUCAUAGAAUAAUGGCCAACGUUUGAGCAUACAUGUACUAUACGUUUGUUUUCCUCUGGGACGUACCAGGCUGAAGAAAAAUAUGCAGCUCGGCGAUUUGACCAUCUGACCUAGAAUAAAUGAUUUGUUUUCACAGGCAACUCGCAUGAUGGACGAGGAAGAACGUGACGAUUCGCAAAUGAGAGAACGAUUCAAAACCAAGUGGACACCCAAACCAUCAGGAGAACUCACCGUGCAACUAAGGCAAGAAGCUGAAAAGUACCGCGGAAUAAUGGAGAAUGCUAUGCGAGCUGACGGAGUUGUGCGUGAGAAAUACAACAAACAUCGCCGUCAUAUGGAUCUGCUUAGUAAAGGCGAGGUAAGGGACCGGGUACUCACAUGCUAAAAUCAAGAAAGAACAUGAGGAAAAUAAGAAUGUCCAACCUAGGGUGAAAAAAAAAACAUCAUUCUUAAAAAAAAAGAGAGAGAGAAUUAGAACCAGAUUUCAGAAGAUUUCCGAGGAGGUUCCGGAGUAUUUUAAUUAUAAACCAGUGUAUUGUAACUUUUUUGAUACAGUAUUCACUAAUACGUUUAGCUAUCGUUGAUUGAAAUAAAAUAUUCUGUAGUUAUAUCUAAAGUUUAAAUGGUCCAAAAAAACCACUUUAAAAGAAGUUCGUAAUAAAAAAAAGACUUUUGCGUGUUUUAAUCCAGAAAACGCGAUCAUUCUUAUUAACUCGUUCAGUUGAAUGUAAAGUGUAUUUCUCAAGUAUGUACCGGAAUAGUCUUUUCUAGUAGACAGUCUGUAACUUGCACAAUAUUUAAGGGUUUAUCUUUUAUUAACAGGCACAAUUAACUGCCGCAAUACCCAAAAUAGGAGCGGCGUCCUCUUCGUCAUCUUCAAGCCCUGCUGUACAGGAACUGAGAAAGCUCAUGGAACAAAUCGACACCAUAAAAGCUGAGAGAGACACUAUGGAACAAGACUUGAAAGUACAACAGGACGAUAUGGGUCAGUAUUAUACGCUUACCAUUAACAGUGGCAUGAGAUUCAAACCAUCGUGAGUUUAACUGGAGGCUCACUUGUGCGACUUUGAGCAAAAUUUUCAUUAUUCCUCGCCCGUGAGCAUGCUCGCAAGCUAUUUAAAUUGGUAAAAAAACUACUUGUCGAUAACUUAGGAGGAGAACGAUGUUUUUGGGAGACUGCGGCAGAAGCUGUUUUUGUUUGUCCUUUUGUUUGUUUGCUUUUUUUAAAAUUAUUGUUUGGAGUAAUUGUUCUUACUAAGAUGGUCAUAUAAUCAUCACGUUUUCAGAAGUGUCGAACAUACCACAGGAAAGUUAUGCUUUUUUUUUUUUUUUUUUUUUUUUUUUGAUUUGCCCACACUUAAGAAAUUCUUCUAACAAAUUAUAGCUACAGGCACCUUGCCUUUAAGGGGCUUUCUGACGUUUUACCGACUUCAAAAGGAGAAAAUAGAUCUUUCCCUCCCUCAUCCCUCUAUGCAAUGUUGUGUCGCUGUUCGUGUUACCUGUAGAAAACAACUAACACCCCAACUUUGAAUGGAGGGGAGGGGUGUGGAUUGUUUUGUUCUCUGAAGUUACCCUACUUGAGUUCAAUGUGUCAACAAUUUUUUCGCCCAUUGUAGAAUCGCGAGGAACAAAUCAGUAAGUGCUACUGUCUUUUGUAGACCCAACAAUUAGAAAUCUUCUCACGUUAGAUUUCUAACAGAAACAAACAAACAAAACAAAAAAAAAGUAACAAACGAUAUAGUAACGUGUUAAAUUGAAAAAUGUUCUCGUGACUUUGCAGCCGUGAAGUUUCUGAGUGCCCUUGCUGCCGAUGGUACUAUCCCGGAUGUAGAAGGGAUUAUCAGCUCCAAUUUAAGCGCGGCAUUUGAUUCGCUGAAACAGAGCGUGACCGACAGCCUUGCAAGACAAGAGAAGAUCAUGGCUUCAGUGCAGGUUUGUGCGAUAUAGUUUAAUGUACAUAUAGAUGACCUUCCAUCCAGAGUAAGCCACAUCCCUCUUAGUCUGCUACACAGCCGUUUUUAGUGUCGUCACUUUAGUGUCGUCACGCAACGCUCCGAAGUGAGGAGCGUUGGCUGACGACACUAAAAGCGGCUGAGUGGAAGACCAGUUGAUUCGUCGAAAAUUGAGAAGCGUGUUCGCUUCCUAGCACCCUGCGGCGCACGUAUAAAGGGAAAGGAAUGUGGUUCGAUUGUCAGCAGCCGUUUGUGGGUAGGAGCGUUGCGUGACGACACUAUAAAAGGGCCGUGUGGCAGACUACAUCCCUUGGAACUCUCUUGGUAAUUCAUAUUCCAUUCUGUAACUAUAAAAAACAAAAUUCAAAGUAGUCGUUAUUACCUUAAAUGAUGUAACGCUAACUGUUAAAUACAUAAACAUCUCUUGUCUUAUAAACUCCCCUCCUAACAUGUUAACGUUUGUGUCAGAAGCUAUUUGAAAUGCCCCCUUUUUAUUAGAUCUUUAAGCCCCAAUAUCCACAUACAAAUUCUCCAAAAUGAUCUCUAUACAUUUCCUUAGAGAAUGUGUUGAGAGAAUUUGGUAAAAAAUCAAAGCAUUUUCCCUUAGGUGAUGACUUUAUUAAUUCUCAUAACCUAAUCUCUUGACAAUCUAUGGAUAUCGUUGAGAGAAAAUUGAUAUUGGUCACCACUGGGACUUAAAGAGUUAAACGCCCCCUCUUGGACCCCUCAACUAAACUUAGAUAAACGCCCCGGGCGCCUAUCACGUACGUUAAGUAACUCUUGAAAACAGCUACAGGGAUUGACCAAUCAAUUUCCGAGAUCUUUCUCACUGUGUUCAUUUUAUUUUUUUUUCCUAUUAUACUCAGACGGCUAAUGAUAAAUUUGUUAAAGAGAAGCAAUCUGGACAGGCAGCAACUGAAAGAGAAACCAUGCUUAAAGAACUAGCCACAGCUUAUGAUAUUUACAUGGAACUGAUCGGCAAUCUUCAGGAGGGAACUAAGGUAAAGAUGUGAAUGCGACUUAAUUGAGUGAGAGAGAAAACCGCUUUUUCUUUAACUCUUUCAUACACAACAAUCUUUUUCUGUAAUUCUAAGAUUUAAUUACAAUCUUGCAAAAUUUCUUCCAAAGAGAUUCAACUUAAAAUAGGUCGACCCAAAUUAGAUUUUGGUCCGUCUGAUUCAAAGUUCGACAUUUGGCCCAGGCCUUACUUUCGUAAUUUUGUACUGAUAGAAGUUAUUCUUCGUAGGUACGUGACUGAGUUAGUCCCUCGAGAAGCUAGUUAACUUUCAAAUCUCAGGCCCUGUUUACAUGGAGUGGGGGACCCCGGUCUAGUGGGGUUGGUUUCUUUUGUUUUCACGCUCUGGGAGACACAAAACAAAAGAAACCUACCCCACUAGACCGGGGUCCCCCACUCCAUGUAAACAGGGUCUCAAUGUCCCAAACGUUUUCAAACAACACUGUUUCUCUCGGGACUAAUACAAUAAGACAAUGGCGUGGAAAGAAGGAAACAAACAACAACAGCAACAAAGAGAAAAACCAUCAACAACAACAGCUGAAAUCGAUUUCCCGACAAGAUUCGAACCCAUGGCAUCUUAGAAAGUCAAAACUUCUUUUUUUUCUUUUAUUUUCUUUUAGUUUUACAACGAUUUCACCCCGAUACUUGUACGUUACCAGCAGAAGGCCAGUGAUCUUGUUUUCGCUCGUAAAACAGAGCGCGAAGAGCUGUCCAGGUGAAUAAAUAAGCCUAAACUGUAAUCGUAUGUUAACAAUGGCACUGUUGAUGUUAAAAUAUUUCACAUGCAAUUGUUCGUAGCUGUGGUAAGCUGUGGUGAAAUCUGACGCAGACCGCUUAUACAAAUGACUCCGAACACCUUGAGUUACUGUCCUUAAACAAAGAAUUUUUCACUUGAUUGCGUGGCUUAGGAUGUAACUGUAUUGCUGUUCAAAUAUUUGCUGAUUUACAGUUAUGCAAAGGGAUAUGGGCUCCCGUUUCAGUGUUCAAGUGCGCGUCGCAGGCGUUCGAAAAUACGCGCGAGCAACGAGGAAAGUGUACGCCGUUCCCCUUUCUCCUUCCUAUCCCACUUUACUCUCCCCUUUUCCAACGCUUUACACGCACUAAUCAUUUCUAGCUAUGCAAUGUCGGGUAAAAGUCUGUAGAAGGAAUGAAAUGUCGAAGACUGUGCACUAGAUCCCAUGGUAAUACAAUUUUCAAUGAACUCCACAAUUCUUAGCAGACUUCCAUGCAGACGUUCUUUGGCUCGUCACGCAAUCCCCUCCAACAUAAAGGAACGCGUGAAGAGUCUCUAAGGGCCUGUUUACUUGGAGAUGGGGACCCCAGAUAAGUGAGGUGACCCGCUAAGGUGGGAUAACCCGCCUGUCCGUAUAAUCUCUCAUUUAAUUUGAUAACGUUUACAUGAUAGGUGGGGUGACCCGCCAGAUGUUACCUCACCUACCUGGGGUCCCCCACCUCCAUGUAAACAGGCCCUAAGAACGUCUGCGUGGGUGGCUACACUAUCUUAUGCUGUUGUGUUGUGCUAUGAUUUGGUUUCUCGUUGUCGUCUUUCAGCAUUUUAAUGAAUGAAAUAAGUUUUUAUUUGUUUUAAGUUAGGUUUUUCAAGAGGUAGAGCAGAAGCAAAUAAUGAUCGGCGCUUUCCAUUUACCUGGAAAUCCCUGUUGCGAUUUUAAUGGAACACACGUUUUCCGAGCGUUCCACUGGAAAGUUUGCGGAAUAAGUGGAAUUUUGAAAAAGGCAUUCCUGUUUUCCUGUUGAAAUUUUGUGGUGAAAAAGCAUGUUCCAUUUACGAGUUUUCACAAGGAAUCACCAGUUUCAGGCUAUUUACGGCGAUAUCUGUGUCACCAUCUUGAAUUUUUGUGACGAGAUCAUAAACGAAUGCAACUUGUGUCAAAUAAAACACGUUCUUCACUCGAUGGACCUUUCCAUGAAAGUUUCCGAAAGUUUUUGGUAAAUGGAAAACGCCCGAUAACUUCAUUUUGGUCAAAAUUUCUGAGCUGUGCAUUGUUCGGUUAUUGGGCAAUUCAAAGGAGAACCUCCGGUUUAUCUCUGUGGUAUUUGAAUCAAUUGCAGAGAUCUCCAGAAGUCAAUAGCCAGUCAACCAGCAGAACAAACUCCUGCAGCACCUCCACACCACCAGCCUUCAGGUUAGUAACCCUAGGCGAGGUUAGGUAGGCCCCGUCCGUCCGUUUAGCAGCGAGAGUCGUGUUUUUGUUGCUUGUUGUUUAUUUUUUCUGUUAAAUCGUGUCACAUGUGGGACGAUUCGACGCAAGCACACACGCAAAGAACAUAGAACAUUCCAUUAGCUUAAGCUGUUUUUGCCCAGUCCCUGUACGGCGUUUUCCCAGGCCUUCUCGGUCAAUUCACUUCGCUGACUCACUUCUUUGCUCGGACAACGAGACCCGAAAGUCGCGGAAUAAUGAGGCCUUGGCUAGACAAAUGAGUAGACAAAGCUGUUUUAGUAAAUGCGUUAGUAGGAAUUCCGGUAAACUGUAGGAACGCGAGGAUACACGCAAAAAUACCCGCUUAUGCUUGCGUCGUUCGUUGGUUUCUCGUAUUUACAGUCGCGUUGUUACAUUACAAGUCCGAACCCGAACAUGCGCUCUAUUAAAAUGUUAAGCUUGUUCUAUUUGAGGUUUGUUUCACAUUUGAUUACGCUUUUUUGUCUCAAAUUUCAACUUGACCAUAACCAAUCUUAAAAUUAAAGAUGAAAAGAAAAGAGGGAAACAUUUGUAUAUAGAGAGAGAAUCUUAUCACCUGGCUUUUGUUUCACAUAACCUGUAUUUAUAGACUUACAAUCGUAAACAUUUCAGCGUUGAGACUAAAGCUGGCUGCUUCCUUCCCUUAUCUGCUAUUAACUAACUAUUUUCUGUUGAAUUUCAGGUGCACGUGUUCCUCCAGCUCGACCUCCACCCCCAUCAACUCAACAGGCGCCCCCACCAACAACAGCGUCCUCCGCCCCACCAAUGGCACCUCCGCCCGGAGCUCCCCAGCAAUACCCCCCUCAAUCCUACCAACCUAUGCCAACCCCUGGGUACAUGCCUUAUCAGUACGGAAGUUAUGCUCCCCCAGGGGGAGUCGGUGGGGUUCCUGGAGGUUAUCCCGGGUACGCACCUCCCUUGCCUCCUGGUUAUUACUACGGUGGAUAUGGCAUGCCACCGCCUCAAGGCUACCCCCCACAGGGGCUGCAGUCCCCUCCUGGACCACAGUACCCGAGGCAAUAACCUAAGAAUUUAUGUUUAGUGA